AUGCUCGAUUUCGCCGCCGUAGCUGACGGGGAGGAUGGGGAGGGCGGGGGAGGGGAAAAGGGGGGAGGUGGAGUGGGUGGUGAUUGGUGGGGGGGAGCAGGAUGGGGAGAGGAGGGGGGAGAGAAGGUGGGAGGAGGGAGAACGGUAUUGCGGGGAGAAGAGAAGGGCAGGCAGAGGGAAGGGGAGAGAGAAGGGGAGAGGGAAGGGGAGAGGGAAGGGGAGAGGGAAGGGGCCGAAGUGGAUCGUGGAGGAGAGGGAGAAGGCGAAGAGGAGGCGGAUGGAUGCCGUUCGCGGACGGAUGGAGUGAAACAGAGGGCGGAUUUGAAGCUGACUCACGUGAUUGUAUCGGAGAAGGACCAUAAGAAGAUCAAGAGGUUUUCUGUGCCCGAGCUGCCCAACAUGUUCCGCAACCGGGCGGAGUACGCACGCAGCAUCCGCAACCCCAUUGGGCGGGACUUCAACACAGAAGCAGCGUUCCGCUCCAUGACUCGCCCAGCGGUGAGUGUGCUUGCAGGCUGCAGGCUGAAGCUACAGGCUGCAGCUACAGGCUGCAGCUACAGGCUGCAGCUACAGGCUGCAGCUACAGGCUGCAGCUACAGGCUGCAGCUACAGGCUGCAGCUACAGGCUGCAGCUACAGGCUGCAGCUACAGGGGUGA